GAUAUGGGGCGCUGCCAGGAACAGGCAAAUUUAAAAGUUAAUGGUUUUAAGUGAUUUUUUUAAAUCCUUUCUGGCAAAGAGGCCCGCCUCUCCCCAGUAUCAGCGCUUCCUCAUUCUUUGAAUCCGCGACUCCGCGGUAUUCGGCGUCAGACCGGCCAGAGGAAGCCUGUUUGCAAUUUACCCGGGUUGUGAACGCCCAGGGUUGGCGGAGGCGGGGCCAAGGCGGGCUGUUUUGCAUAAGGGGGCGUGCCCUCCAGGCCGACUCUAUAAGUGCAGACUUCGGAGAGCGUGCGCGCGUUGCAGGCUGCUCUAGAGGGUCUCUGGCUUUCUCCUUCUUUCCAGCACUUCCCAACCUCAUUUCUCAGUAUGAAGGCGCUCAGCCCGGUGCGCGGCUGCUACGAGGCGGUGUGCUGCCUGUCGGAACGCAGCCUGGCCAUCGCGCGGGGCCGUGGCAAGAGCCCGGCCGCCGAGGAGCCGCUGAGCCUGCUUGACGACAUGAACCACUGCUACUCGCGGCUGAGGGAACUGGUACCCGGAGUCCCGCGAGGCACUCAGCUUAGCCAGGUGGAAAUCCUGCAGCGCGUCAUCGACUACAUCCUCGACCUGCAGGUGGUCCUGGCCGAGCCGGCUCCUGGGCCCCCAGACGGCCCGCAUCUUCCCAUCCAGACAGCCGAGCUCGCUCCGGAACUUGUGAUCUCCAACGACCAAAGGAGCUUCUGCCACUGACCUGGCCCGUCCUGGCGCCUCCAGAACGCAGGUGCUGGCGCCCGUCCGGGACCCCGGGACCCUCUACGGCCGGAAGCCCGAGGGCAUGGAUGGGCCUCAACCUUGCCCUGCCCACUUGACUUCCCCAAACCCCUGCCUCGAGGCUGGACCUGCGCCCGGGAGCGAAGGACUGUGAACUUGGGUGGCCUAAAGAGCCAGCGCUAGCUCUGGGCACCAGCUGGGCAACCUCCCCCAGCCCUCCCCACUCCCAAGUUUUAAAGACUCUUUCAAUGUGUGGAGGUGUACGGGGUUGGGGGUGGGGGCUGGCUGUUCUCCAAAUUCUGCCUUGGCCAAGGCAGCGGUAGAGCUGGUCUUCUGGUCUCCUUGGAGAAAGACUCUGUUGCCCUGAUUAUGAACUCUAUAAUAGAGUAUUUAGCUUUUGUACCUUUUUUGCAGGAAGGUGACUUUCUGUAACCAUGCGAUGUAUAUUAAACUUUUUAUAAAAGUUAACAUUUUGCAUAAUAAACGGUUUUUAAACACUUG